AUAUACCGUAAUCGGAACACGUAUCGUUCUAUCACUAUGUAUAGUUCGUCAUCGUUGUGUUGCGGUUGAAAAAUUGGUCUUUUCCUGACGGUUACCGUAUGGUCGGUCAUGGCCAGUGAAAACAUAAUGGACGAAUUAGCAUCAUUGAUUCGUACGGAAAUUCCGGAUGGCAGACAAAGUUUGCGCGAUAGCUAUACAAAUUUGGAGCGCGUGGCGGAUUAUUGUGAGGACACUUAUUAUCGUGAGGAGAACAAAAAAGCGGCCCUAGAGGCUACAAAAAACUAUACUACGCAAUCGUUGGCCAGUGUGGCGUACCAAAUUAAUACCCUCGCCUACAGUUAUAUGCAGCUUUUAGAGCUACAAGCACAACAAUUAUGUGAGAUGGAAUCACAAAUGAAUCAUAUUGCACAAACAGUGCAGAUCCACAAAGAAAAGGUGGCUCGUAGAGAAAUUGGUGUUCUAACUGCAAAUAAAGUUAGUUCGCGUCAAUUUAAAAUCGUGGCGCCGAUUAAUCCAGAAAAACCAAUAAAGUAUGUUCGCAAACCAAUUGAUUAUUCGAUACUGGAUGAUAUUGGUCAUGGCGUUAAUUCUACUAAUACGCGUCAGCAGAAGCACCGUGGCUCGAGUCAUGGCUCCAUACAAUCAUUAGCGACAUCUUCGCUGGCACCAUCUGUCGGUCCGCCACCGACCACAAAACCACCGACUCCACCGCAAAUGACACGUGGCAACACAGGCACACUGGGUAAAUCUUCAAUGAGCAAUACCGGCACACUUGGCAAAAGCUCGCGAGAAUAUCGUACGCCACCAGUUGUCAAUCCGCCGCAAGUGCCUUCGCACUAUGCGCCCAACUAUCCAAUUGGUCAUCCAAAACGUAUGUCAUCAGCUUCAUCAAGUACAACGGUCACUGGAAUAAGCAGCACUGGAAUUGGUGGAGCGGGUAGUAUUACCGGCGUGCCAACUGGUGGUAGUGAGCGCGAGCGCGGCGGUGGCUAUAGUGCGUUGCCAAUGCCGCCUAGUCAGCAAAUAGCAACACAUGUCAAUUUACCAUCAGCAGGCAUGAUGCAAUCAUUGCCACCACCACCACCAACAACAUAUGAUGAUCGAAGCAGUAUGCCACCGCCACCAUCGCCACUUACUGUUUCACAGCACGAAAUUAGCGAACAAAGUCAUAUUGGCAUGCAUACAUUGGGGAGAAAUCACAACAGAAAUGGCAACAGAAACAAUUUCAGUUUGAACUUUGCACGACCCGGCUCUCAGUCGCCUCCCUUGCCACCUCCACCACCGCCGGAGGAGGAGCAUCAGGACUUUGGGCGACCACGUACGUCCACGGGACAAGGCCAAUUAGCUCCUAUCGUGCCAGAGGAUCAAAAUUUACCCGGUUGGGUUCCAAAGAACUACAUCGAAAAAGUUGUAGCAAUUUAUGAUUACUAUGCCGAUAAAGAUGAUGAAUUGAGUUUUCAAGAAAGUUCUGUAUUGUAUGUGCUAAAGAAGAAUGAUGACGGCUGGUGGGAAGGUGUUAUGGAUGGUGUGACCGGUCUGUUUCCGGGCAAUUACGUUGAACCAUGUGUGUAAGCGGAAGAAGCGUGUCAAAAGCACUUAGUAUUUUUUAAGUGAAUUUAAAGGCAAAUAAAAAAAAACUUCACGCAAUUGCAUGCACAUACAUAUACACUGCCCGAUUCAAGUGUUAGCCGUAAAACCGAAUAGAAAGUAUUUGUACCCUUAACAGCAACACAUACCUAUUAACAUGAUGAUAAGAUAAGUGUUUGAAAACGUUACAAAAUUUUCCAUUUUCAACUUCAAUAGCAUUAAGGAGACUACGUUAUAUUGGACGUAGGCUCUGUAGUUUAAAAUUAUUAAAUUAAAUUAAGUAUAAAGUGGAUGAAACGAAAGUUUAAUGUUUUGCCUUUUUGGUUAGAUAUCGGCUUAUAAGCAGCACAGAACUGAAAUAGGCAAAA